CCUGAUUGUUAACAUUGUUUUAUUACUUCUUCUGUUUUUAAUAAAUGUGCAAUUUUAUUUUAAUAAAUUAAUGUAGAUAUGGCGGCUAAUGCUCCAAAAGUUGCUAACAAGCUUAAAACCUUUGCUUUGGUUUGCACGGGAGGCGGUUUAAUAUUUUCCGGUUUAUGCAUUUAUCAAGGUGAUGAGCAAUAUUAUAAGAAAAUAUUAAUGCCGGCCACUCGGCUGCUGCCACCAGAAACUAGCCACAAAUUGGCAGUGUGGGCCUGUAAAUAUAAACUUUUCGGCAAGCCCCGGAAACCUGAUGAUGCUAUAUUGAGCACCAAUUUCUUUGGUUUGACCUUAUCCAAUCCCUUGGGUAUUGCUGCUGGUUUUGAUAAACAAGGAGAAGCCGUGGAAGGUUUGUCCCAAAUAGGUUUUGGUUUCGUUGAAAUUGGCUCGGUUACACCGGAGCCUCAACCAGGCAAUCCUUUGCCCCGUGUGUUCCGUUUGGUCGAAGAUGAAGCCAUAAUUAAUCGUUAUGGCUUUAAUAGUGAGGGUCAUGCUGAAGUAUUUAAACGUCUAAAAACUCUUAAAGAUUCGGGGAAUUUUCAAGGAGUUUUAGGCAUAAAUUUGGGUAAAAACAAAACAUCUCCUUCGGCCAAGGAGGAUUACAAAAAAGGUGUAUUGAUAUUUGGUCCUAUAGCCGACUAUUUGGUUAUAAAUGUUAGCAGUCCCAAUACCCCCGGCUUAAGAGAUCUACAGGGUAAAAAGGAUUUAGAGGAACUUUUGGAAACUGUCAUGCAAACGCGUAAUGAUUUGCAUGUUAACAAUAAAGUACCUGUACUGCUUAAACUUGCGCCUGAUCUAACACAACAGGACAUUAAAGACAUAGCUUCUGUUUUAAAUAAGAAAUCAUGUCGCGUCGAUGGCCUAAUAGUUUCCAAUACAACGAUUGCCCGUGAUAAUCUUAAAGAGGUAUCAUUAACAGCUUUGGAGACUGGCGGUUUAAGUGGUGUUCCAUUACGUUCAAAGUCCACGCAAUUAAUAGCACAAAUGUAUUACCAAACAGGUGGAAAAAUCCCUAUAAUGGGUGUGGGCGGUAUAUCAUCAGGACAAGAUGCAUAUGAAAAGAUUGAAGCUGGUGCAUCAUAUCUGCAGCUUUAUACCUCAUUUAUUUAUCAUGGUCCUCCAGUAGUCAAACGUGUUAAAAAUGAACUGGCUGAAAUAUUACAUGCUAAAAAUUACAAGUCAAUCUCGGAAGCUGUGGGUAGUAAUUACAAAAGUUAUUUAAAUAAAUGAAAUUUUUAUUUGAAUUAAACGUUCAUAAAGAAAGGCAUAAUUAAGUUUUAAAGUGCACUCUUUUUGUAAAUAAAAAAGCAUGCUAUUUUGAUAA